CACUACGAACGAAUUUUCUCAAAACUAAAAGCACAGGUUUUGAAGUUUGACGAUUAUUUUCAAAGAAUUUUCUAUUAAAUCUGCAUUAUGCCGAAAGUUAGACGAAGUAGAAAGCCUCCUCCAGAAGGUUGGGAGCUGAUUGAACCGACGUUAGAUGAAUUGGACCAAAAGAUGAGAGAAGCUGAGACAGACCCACAUGAGGGAAAGAGAAAAGUAGAGGGUUUAUGGCCAAUUUUCAGAAUUCAUCACCAAAAAUCUCGCUAUGUCUAUGAUUUAUAUUACAAACGAAAAGCCAUCAGUAAAGAAUUAUAUGAAUUUUGUCUGAAAGAAGGAUAUGCAGACAAAAACUUGAUAGCAAAAUGGAAAAAACAAGGGUAUGAAAACUUGUGUUGCCUCCGAUGUAUCCAGACAAGGGAUACUAACUUUGGCUCAAACUGUAUCUGUAGAGUACCAAAGAGUAAACUGGAAGAGGGCAAAAUCGUAGAAUGUGUUAUCUGUGGAUGCAGAGGAUGUUCAGGUUGAUCACAGGCUUGUUUUACAUCUAAUCUGUUUUCAUCUUCUGCAAGUCUGUAUACAGUCACCUUAGCUACUGUAUACAAACACCUUAGCUAUUGGAUAUAAAUCCAAGGCUUUUACCAGAGUAUAUUCCUACAUGUUCCUUCAUCAGAGAUCGUUUGUAAGAAUUUCUCUUUAGCUUCAAGAAACAUAAAUCACAAUUUUGACUUUCCUUUAGUCCAGAUUUUCAGUUGGAGCUCUUCUCAGUGUCAUUAUCAUUCGUACAAAAUGUAAAUAUGUACUUGCUGUGAGUUUGUAGUUUUUUUCUUUAGUGUAAGGGAAACCUAGUAAUUUUUUUCAUAGGUGUUUAGAUCAGGACUAAGAAAAGUACCCAAGAAUGGUUCCUAAGAAUCUUUAUACAGUCAGUCAAUCCCAGAAAGCAAUUAAAGUAUGAGGCCAAUCAAAAAGAUAGAUGUGUUUUCUGUUGUGCAACCGACCCUAAUUUUCUUGCCGAUCUUUGACAACCCUAAUAUUUUUUUCAUUCCCAAAUGCACCACAGGGUUCCCAGUAAGCUCAUUUCCACUGUUGUACCAGUAAAAAAAUCUGAUCUACCAACCCCAAUUACUUUUCUCAUGCAACAGGAAACACACUUGUUCCUUUGUUUGGCCUGAGCACUGAUUCCUCAGUGUAUUUACAAGUACCAUAUUUUUUAUUUGGCAAGAGAGGAAGCCAUUUCAGACUCAAUUAAGGACCUCAUUCCAAACUCAAACAGGAACCGCUGUUAUAAACAUUUGUAAUGCUUUCCAAAAAUAAAUAAAGGAAAGAAAGAAAUAACGAAUGAGUGAACAAAGACAACGGGUUUCACCCUUGGGUAUGUUUGUCUUUAUUUUAUUUUUUUUAACAUGAAGUACAUUCAAGUGUUUGAGUUUCACUUUUUCACAAAACCUACAGUAUUUUACACUAAAUGGUUUGAUACAUACUCUGGAACCUUUUGAAUAAGCAGCUUUAGGGCUUUUAUUUAUUACUGCUAAUGAAAGAGCCAAAUUGUAGGAAGGCUGUGAAUUAAUUUUAGCAUAUUUUAGAUAUUAAAUAAACUUUGACAUGUCAA